GAUAUUCUCUCUUUCUCCGUUGCCUCCACUAUUCAAUAUGGCGAGGCUCUCAGCUUGUCUGGUUCAUGCUUUUACCUUUUUCGUUCUGAUCAAUGUGGUGCUAGCUGAGUACGAACCAUAUACACCCAACUACAAAGAAACUCCCUACAAGAAACCAGUUGUGGAGGUUAUUGCCGACAUAAAUCUUCCCAAAGUUUACCCAUCACCGCCACCACCUGCUUACGUGGCUCCUGUUGUUUAUCCAUCUCCAUCACCACCUCCUCCAGCUUACGUCGCUCCCGUAGUUUACCCAUCUCCAUCACCACCACCACCAGCCUACGUCGCACCCGUAGUUUAUCCAUCGCCAUCACCACCACCACCAGCUUACGUCGCUCCCGUAGUGUACCCAUCUCCAUCACCACCACCACCGGCUUACGACACUCCCGUAGUGUACCCAUCUCCAUCACCACCACCUCCAGCUUAUGUAGCUCCUGUAGUGUACCCAUCACUGUCACCACCACCUCCUGCUUACAUUGCUCCUGUUGUUUACCCAUCUCCAUCACCACCACCACCAGCUUACGUCGCCCCCAAGUACGAAGCACCAAAGUACACACCUAAUUACGUCGCUCCCAAGUACGAAGCACCAAAGUACACUCCUAAAUACGUCGCACCCAAGUACGAAGCACCAAAAUACACUCCUAAAUACGUCGCACCCAAAUACGAAGCACCAAAGUACACUCCUAAAUACGUCGCUCCCAAGUACGAAGCACCAAAAUACACUCCUAAUUAUGUCGCGCACAAGUACGAAGCACCAAAAUACACACCUAAAUACGUCGCUCCCAAGUACGAAGCACCAAAGUACACUCCUAAAUACGUCGCUCCCAAGUACGAAGCACCAAAAUACACUCCUAAUUACGUCGCUCCCAAAUACGAAGCACCAAAGUACACUCCUAAGUAUGUCUACGCAUCUCCACUACCACCAGCUUACGUCGCCCCUAAGUACGAAGCACCAAAGUACACUCCUAAGUACGUCUACGCAUCUCCACCACCCCCAACUUACGUCACACCCAAGUACGAAGCACCAAAAUACACUCCUAAGUCGCCAGCUUACGUCGCUCCUUAUUACUAAAAAUCUUAGUGCAUAUGUCAAAGAUGUUUCUACUAUCCCCACUAAAAUCACCAUUUUCCUAGCUUACCACAUUUAUUCAGAUUACAUCGUUUGAAACGCAUGUACCAGGCAUCCCCACAUUCACCAAGCUGUUAUUUGAUUUUAUUAUGAGUUUUAUAUAUGUUUAUUUCAACAAUUCAAAGCUAAAUUUAAAGUUUAUGUAAGUUGCAUAGAUAUGUUUAGUACCACUUUCUCUUUUGUUU